GAGAUUUGUCAGUUUAUGUUUUCUAUCAAGGAUGUUUUUUGUGCAGUAAAGUAAAAAAUUGUGUGAUUAGUGAUUUAAUAAAUGAGCAAAUAAUUAUUUCUGGUUCUAGUCAUGUUUUCCUAAUUGUGAAUUAUAUUUUCAAAAACAAUCAUGGAUAAACCUCAAUUUAGUCCCAGUAAAGGAACUCCUGUGAAUAAUUUUGGGACUGACAAUGAUGAACCCUACCCAAGUCUCUCAGAUUAUCAUGAUUAUGAGCCAAAUCUUGAGUUUGAUGACUCUGAACUGCAACAUUCUACAACUGUUCUAGCCCACACAGUUGAUAUGAUCCAGGCUGAAUCUAAUAGCAUGGGCUCUCCGAUAUCGGACUUCACGGACGAUAACUUCGAAGAAGAACUAGCGGAAGCCUGCGAGGAAAACUUGGACAGUCUAAUGUUUUGUUCGACUUCUUAUCCGGAAGUUGGAGAUACGGCUCCCGAAAAGUUUUCCGAAAUUUCGAGAUACGGGAUCGUCGACGUCAAGGGAGACGAUGCGGACGGAAGAAAAAUUAUUGUCGUUUACGCUUGUAAGUUGCCUCAAAUUAAGGAGAUUGAUCAUGGAUUGUUGUUAAGUUAUUUGAAGUAUACCUUAGAAAGUUAUGUAAAGCAAGACUACAGUUUAAUUUAUUUUCACCACGGACUGACGAGUAAAAACAAACCGUCGAUAGGUUGGUUGGUCCAAGCUUACAAAGCCUUCGACAGAAAUUAUAAGAAGAAUCUGAAAGCGUUAUAUCUAGUCCAUCCAACGAGCUUUCUUAAAUUCGUUUCGCAACUGUUUAGGCCCCUUAUCAGUGCCAAGUUUGGAAAGAAAUUGAACUAUAUUCACAGGCUGAAGGAGUUAAACGAAUUUAUACCGAUAGAAAAAUUGGAUAUACCCAAUGAAGUGAUAGAACACGAUAAGAAACUUGGUGGGGAGGUUCCAGUAUCGAGAACGUCCCCUGAUUCUGUUUUUGAGCCGACGUGCCCUACCCAACAAUUCGGAGUUACUCUGCAGUAUAUUAGGGAUCAGUACAAUGUAAUCAUUCCGCCUAUUGUGAAACAAUGUAUAGAAUACUUAGAUCAGCCUGACGCAUUAGAAACGGAGGGUAUAUUUAGAAGGUCCGCCAACGCUAACAAAGUUAAAAGUCUGAAAGAAAUCGCAAAUACUGGCCAAAAGGUACCUUUCGAUGAUCCUCAUGAAGCUGCUGUAUUACUGAAAAAGUUUUUGAGGGAGCUUAAAGAACCUCUGUUGACUUAUGAAUUGUAUGAUGAAAUUGUACAAUUUCAAAGUUGGAAUAAUGAUGAAAGGCUGAGGCUAGUAUCCAUACUUGUAAUGGAAAAGCUACCAGAAGACAACUAUAAGGUCUUAAAAUAUAUCAUUAGAUUUUUAUCCAGGGUAAUGGAAAGGUCUGACUUAAACAAAAUGAAUGCACAAAACCUAGCUGUAGUCUUUGGACCAAACCUAGUGUGGUCCGAUUCAGUUUCGAUGUCACUAGCUGCCAUAGGUCCCAUUAACAUGUUUACGCAGUUCUUAUUAGUGCAUCAGAACGAGAUAUUUAUGAUUUAGAGUAAACGUUUAUCAAUGUAAUUUUUGUACUUGCGACCCUGUGUGAAAAUAUUUGCGAGAUAAUAGUAAGGGAGAGGAAGGCAAUGGAUAAUUGUAAACAUUUUAUGUUUUUGUAUAUAGGAAUUAGACUGCUUGAAAAGCAAGGUACUGACUGUAACACUUUAACUGUGGUAUACAUAUUAAAAUCGUAUUCUGAAGGUAAAUAAGUGAUGAUUGUACAGAAUUUUUUGUUUAUGUUGCAGCCGAGUUUUUAAAAUAUAUAUUCCUUAUUCUAUUUAUAUACUUUCCAGCAACAAUAUUUUUUUAGUACAAAUAAACUGUAAAAUUUG